AUAAGCCAUCCAUCUCUAACUCAGCCGAUGCGGUGCCGCCCGUGCUGCCCACAUCCCUAUUCUCUUCUCCUCCUCUACAAACUUUCCUCAAAAAGAAAAACAAAGAUUAUUUAUUCAUUUAUUCAGUUAUUUUUUUGGUUCCUUUAAUUGUUGGAAACAAUGGCUCAGGUUCAGGUCCAACCACAAGCUCCAGUGACUGCUGCUGCAAAUGGAGUUGCAGGCCACGGUGUUGGAGUGCAACAGUUUGUGUCAACAGCUCUUUACAUUGGAGAUCUUGACCCCAAUGUCAACGAUUCGCAACUUUAUGAUUUCUUUAAUCAGGUGGGUCAAGUCAUGUCUGUUCGGGUCUGUAGAGACUUGAGCACCCGCCGCUCUCUCGGUUACGGCUACGUUAAUUAUAGUAACCCCCAUGAUGCGGCAAGGGCUUUGGAUGUUUUGAAUUUUACUCCUCUGAAUGGCAAGCCAAUUAGGAUAAUGUACUCUUAUCGUGACCCUACUAUUCGUAAAAGUGGGUCUGGAAAUAUAUUUAUCAAGAAUUUGGACAAGUCAAUCGACAAUAAAGCUCUACAUGAUACCUUUUCGACAUUUGGGAAUAUUUUAUCUUGCAAGGUGGCUACUGACCUUUCUGGUCAAUCAAAAGGGUAUGGUUUUGUACAAUUUGAUAACGAGGAAUCCGCUAAAAAUGCAAUUGACAAGCUGAAUGGCAUGCUACUGAAUGACAAGCAAGUAUUUGUUGGGCCCUUCCUGCGUAAGCAGGAAAGAGAUUCUUCUACGGAGAAGAUAAAAUUUAACAAUGUUUAUGUUAAGAAUCUUUCAGAAUCAACAACUGAGGACGAUCUAAAGAAAUUUUUUGGUGAAUAUGGAACUAUUACUAGCUCUGUAGUUAUGAGAGAUGCAGAUGGAAAAUCCAAAUGUUUUGGAUUUGUCAAUUUUGAAGAUCCAGAUGAUGCAGCUCAAGCUGUUGAGGCUCUUAAUGGAAAGAAGUUUGAUGAUAAGGAGUGGUAUGUAGGGAAAGCACAGAAGAAGCAUGAAAGAGAAGUUGAAUUGAAAGGGCGGUUUGAGCAGAGCUUGAAGGAGGCUGUGGAUAAAUUUGAAGGACUUAAUUUAUAUGUUAAAAAUCUAGAUGAUAGCAUCACUGAUGAUAAACUAAAGGAAUUAUUCACAGAAUUUGGCACAAUUACGUCGUGCAAGGUUAUGCGUGAUCCUAAUGGUUUAAGUAGAGGAUCAGGAUUUGUUGCCUUUUCAACUGCUGAGGAAGCAUCUCUAGCUCUCAUGGAGAUGAAUGGUAAAAUGGUAGUUAGCAAACCACUUUAUGUUGCUCUUGCACAGCGAAAAGAAGAAAGAAGAGCAAGGUUGCAGGCACAGUUCUCACAAAUGCGUCCUGCUGCUAUUGGUCCUGCAGUUGCCCCUCGUAUGCCCAUGUAUCCACCUGGUGCUCCAGGUCUUGGACAGCAACUAUUUUAUGGUCAAGGGCCUCCUAUCAUUCCUCCCCAACCUGGAUUUGGAUAUCAGCAGCAACUUGUCCCUGGAAUGAGGCCAAACUUUUUUGUGCCAAUGGUCCAGCCAGGUCAGCAGAAUCAGCGGCCUGGAGGCAGACGAUCUGGAGCUGGGCCCCUGCCACAAGCACAGCAACCUAUUCCACUAAUGCAGCCACAGAUGCUUCCUAGAGGACGUGUCUACCGCUACCCUCCUGGUCCCAACAUGCCAGAUGUUCCUAUUUCUGGUGGUCCUGGAGGCAUGCUUCCUGUCUCUUAUGACAUGGGUGGAAUGCCAUUCAGAGAUACAACACCUAUGCAGACUGGGGCGUUGGCUUCUGCCCUGGCUAAUGCAGCACCAGAUCAACAAAGGACAUUGCUGGGAGAAAAUCUAUACCCUCUUGUAGACCAGUUAGAGCAUGAUAAUGCAGCAAAAGUGACAGGCAUGCUUUUAGAGAUGGACCAGACUGAGGUUUUGCACUUGCUGGAGUCACCAGAAGCCUUGAAAGCCAAAGUUUCUGAGGCAAUGGAAGUUUUAAGGAAUGUAGCUCAGCAACAGCAGGUUACUAGCCCAACUGAUCGGAUGGCCUCAUUGUCUCUGAAUGCUGAAUGACAACAUCGUUUCUUGAUUUCUAGUGCGUGAGUAUGGCAAUAUCAGACAGCACAGCGAGUACUUAAUUUUUGCAAUAAGUUUUGGGUUGACAUUAAUUUUUUCCUACUUUAGUUUGACAUAAAUAGAAGUCAGUUGAAUUUUUUUGGUAUUGAAUUUUCUUUGUAGUGACUAGUGUGACCAUAAAGUUAUCUGCAGAUUUUGUUGAAGUUGCAGUUUUCAAUCA